GGUCUGACCACAGUUAAUUGAAGGGGAUGGUUAGGCUAGCUCGUGACGUCACGGAAUAUGUUGCGGCCACUUGUAAUUUAGUCACGUGCACAAUAAGGUGCAUCCGGUUUAAAGACGCUGAAAGCUCGAAUUACAAAUUAUAAACACAUACUGUAUCGCUAACUUCGUCGUGAAGACAAAAGCAUUGUGCGUGGUCUGGCGAAUUUAUUUAUUUGGUUUAAAGUUUUUGAAGGAUAUGCCUGGCGCAAAUUGCGCUUUUUAUGGUUGUUCGACGAGCAGAAGCCACAAACUUUCGCUGUUCAAAAUCCCAACAAUUGGCGCGGCAGAUACUGAUUACACAAAGUCUGUGAAGAGAAAAACCCGUGAAGAAUGGCUUCGUUUAAUACAAAGAACGAGAGUUUUGACGCCAGAAUUAAAAGCCAGAAUAGAGGCGAAUAACAUUUACAUCUGUGAGCUACAUUUUAAGGCAGAAUGUAUAUUAGACGGUAAGUUUUUGCCACAUCUGUACGUAUCUUCACUUUAAAAUAUUCAUCAACCAGGAUUUAGCAUACAAGGCGUUGUUAAUUCAGCAUUUUUAAUAUCUGAAAAUUUGCAUAUUAUAUAGGAAAACGAAAGACAUUGGUGGCUGGGAGUAUUCCUACUGAGAAUCUACCUCAAAAAAAGUACGACGCUCCCAAACAAGAACGUCGUGUUCUUGAAAGAAAGCAACUCGAGGUUCCAAAGACGCCGCCAUUACUCGAUAUUAACACCUUUACUGAACAGUUGCAGCGAAAGGAAAUCGAACCGUGGAAAAUUGUGAAGUCAAACAACGAUGAAGUGCGACUGGAAUAUUAUGACGAUGUUCACAGUAUUCCAAAGUAUACAGUUAUUGUAAAUUCGGCGCUGGAAUUCAGUGUAUUUGUCUUCAACUGGUUGGUACCUGACCAGAACUUUGUAUACGUGGAAAACAAGCGUUCGGUCAUACAUGUGGAUAUUGUAGGGCUUUUAAAGUAUAUUGAAAGUUCCAAACUUUGUGAAGGCUUGGAAGAAGAUACUGAUGUUAAGUCUGUUGCUGUUGACCCCACUGAAAAACCAAACCCAACAAUUCAAACCUUGAUUGUCCGGCAUUCUGUUCCUAAAGUUAUUGAUCCUGAAGAACCACAUUUUCAAGUGUCCAUUCGAUACCGCUCAGUUGGUUGUGACACUCUCACUAGCAGUGAACACUCGAAUAGUUCAUGUAAACCUUGUGAAUCUGCCCUGAAGAAGAUGAAGAGGGCGGUCAAAAGGAAAAACAGAGGAUCUGCAUCACCAGCUAAAGCAAAAGCACCAUUAAGUAAGUGUGGACCAAAGAAAUUACAGUCAACAGUUGUUUCAACAAGACUGCAAGUGAAAGAUUUAGAGGAUCGCCUGCAGCAGCUGCAGAAAGAGAUACAACAGCACGGUGUUGGUAUUAGUGAAACUCUCGAGAAGGACAUUCUCACAAUAAUGGGAGGCAAAAAUCUUGAUGCCACACCACACAUGAAGUUUUUUUGGCAGGAGCAAAUCAAGCUUUUGCAAUCAUCCAAAAUGGGUAGAAGAUAUCAUCCCCAAGUCAUCCGAUUUGCUCUAUCUAUACACAGCAAAUCUCCAUCUGCUUAUAGGGAAAUACGAGACAGUGGUGCCCUUGUUCUUCCUAGCGAACGAGUUCUUCGGGACUAUAAGAAUUACUUCAAGCCCAAACCUGGGAUCAAUAAAGAGAAUGUCGAAAGUCUACGUGAGAAAACAACAUCUUUUACUUCAGUACAACGAUAUGUUGCCGUUGUCAUGGACGAGAUGAAAAUACAAUCGAGUCUUGUGUUUGACAAAGUUUCUGGAGAUCUUAUUGGUUUCAUCGAUCUGGGAGAUCCUAUGACAACCUUUGCUUGCCUUAGUGAAGAUGAUCCUAUUGCAUCCCACGCCUUGGCAUUUCUUGUGAGGGGAUUAUGCACUGAUUUGAAGCAUAUCAUUGCAUAUUUCUUCACAGGAAAUGUCACUUCCUUCCAAAUAAUGCCACUCUUUUGGAGAAUUGUUGCAGUCCUAGAAGUGUCACUUCACCUAUCUGUCAUUGCAGCUGUUAAUGAUGGAGCUUCCCCAAACCGCAAGUUUUUCCGACUACAUUCAAAGAUUGCCAAGGAAGUGGAUUCUGAUGUGGUGUAUAAAACACCAAAUAUUUAUGCACCAUCACGCUUCAUAUUUUUCUUUGCUGAUUCACCACACUUGAUGAAAACAGCAAGGAACUGUCUCUACAACUCAGGUUCUGGUAGUCGGAGCCGCAUGAUGUGGAAAGAUGGGAAAUAUCUGCUUUUCCGUCAUAUAGCAGACCUGUUUUACAGUGACAGUGAGUUUGCAUUGCAUACUCUACCCAAGCUGACUUUUGAGCAUGUUGUCCUUACACCCUAUAGCAAGAUGAAGGUACAGUAUAUAAUUAUUAUUGGACAUUCCAUGUACAGUUUAUAUAAUGACAUUGAUUUGUUUUUUUAUUUCCUUUAGGAAGUGAAAUGAAAUAAUAUUUAUAAGUAGCUAAUACUAUGACUAGAGGGAAAUUAGUGAUUAACUUGCCGAACGUCUAGGCAUUCAAAGAGCUACUUUCACAAAACUUCCAGAGGCGAAGGGCAAUUUAAUAUAUUUCACGACAAGUCAUUGUAUUAAUUUGUAAUAUUAAUUGUGAAUGCCAAGGGCAGAUUGCACAUGGUGUGUUAGUCUGUUUUGAAUACUGUGGAAUGAACACUUUUAUAUAAUUAUAUGAAAGUGAUCAUGAAACUUCUCAUUCUUUCUAGGCAUGCGCAUAAACUGAAAAUUGAGGUGGUCAUGAUAUUACUGUAAAUAUUAAUAUUAUCAAUAUUCUUUUGAUUAGGUCAAACUUGCUGUGCAGGUUUUAAGCCAGUCAGUUGCCAUUGCUCUGAGAGAAUCUGAUGAUGAAGAUGUCACUGCAACAGCAGAGUUUUGUGACAUGAUGAAUAGGUUUUUUGACUGCACAAAUGUAAGGUCAUUGACCGAGCAUAGCAUGAAAAGAAACCCAUUCAUCAGACCAUAUUCCUCCCCUGAAGAUGAACGGUUAACCUGGAUGAAAGAAGUGUUCUUGAAAUACCUCAAUGAUUGGAAAGAAAGCACACUCGCCCGGGACGGGGACUUCUCUUCUGAUGAUCGAGCGAAAAUGUUCCUUUCAUCCCAAACCUAUGAAGGCCUAAAGAUCUCAGUGUAUUCUCACACUGAAGUAAUUACCUUUCUGUUGGCACAAGGAUUUCAGUAUGUAUUAACAGAGAGGUUCAUGCAAGAUGUGCUGGAAGACUACUUUGGUCACCAAAGAGAACAGGGAAGAAGAUCUGACAACCCAACUGCCAGACAGUUUGGAUACAAUGACCUCACAAUUGCCACCCAAAGAGACAUCGCUCCUGUCAUUAGAGGCAAUGUUGGUGGGCGAUAUGAAAAAGUUAAAUGGCACAAGGUGAGCGAUGAGCCUGUCAAGAAACGACAGAAGAAAAAGAAAGAUUGAAAGCUUCACACUACUGUGAAGUGUAUAUUUAAAUAACUAAUGGUGUGGUACAUUAUAACUAUAUUUUUAUGACUUAUUCAUGUUCAUGUCUUUGUUCAUGUCUUUCAUAUCAAACCAGUUAGAGACCUCAUGUUUGAUGACACAAUUACAGUAGUCAAAUUCAUUGGUCAUGCUAUGCUCAUGAAAAUAUAUUACUUUGCUUUAGGAAUCAUUGCAACUUGUGCAUGCAAAUUUUAUUUGUGUAUACACAAAUAGAUUUGAUCUAUAAAGGAUACUAUGAAUGAAAAAGUAACAGCAUGGUUAAUACUAGUUAUGUUACGUUAAGGUGCACCCACACCAGGCAAGCUUGAAAAGUAUGCCUGACCAUGGUGGAUUUGAUUGGACCUACAACUAGGUCAUAGGUUUGAUGCCCCCACCACCGUGGCCAGGCAUAUUGCACUAGUGAAUUGAACCUCAAAUUCCGACCCCGGCAGCCAGGUACAGUAAUUUAACAAUUAACAUUUUUAAGCUGAGAGCCUAUCCAUGGGGUUUAGGGGUCAGGAUUUCAAUUGACUAGUACAUAUAUUUCAAGCUUGCCUGGUGUGAGUAUGGACUCCAGAGUAGAGUAACACUACAUGUACAAGCAUCUUAUUCACCUGAGUACUUUGGCCACCACAGAAAAAAUCAUAGCAUGCAUGAUUAAUCCACUAAGCUGCAGUGCACCCUACUUAUUUUUUUGACAAAUGCCAGACGAUUUUACUUGUCAAUGGGGAAGCUCUAGAGCUUAAUGGGUUAAUGCAGAGCUUUCCUGUUGACCAGUAAAAUUGUCUGGCGUUAGACAAGUAAAAACUAUGUCAACACUAUAAAAUAAUUAGAGAUAGUGCUGAAGUAUUGUAAAUAUUUAAUUUGAAAUCUGAAUUCAUUUGUUACAAGUUUCAGUACUUUAAUUCUUUCUUUCGUUUCAAGUCCUUUCUAAGGGCCUUAGACUUCGUUUGCUUUUGGUUGAUUUUAUAUUUACUUAUGAAGUCUCGUGCAUAGGAAAACGAACGAACUCGCAAAUAUAGUCCAAUAAUGUUUUCUAAGCACAGUUUUUGUGUAGAGCACGACUGGUCUAUCCCAGAAUCUAAAACAAUGUUUUCCCAAAGCGAUUUGACAGUUGGAGAGUUUAACGUAGAAGCACAGAUAAUGUCUGUUGAUAUGUUUCGUACUGCCAGCUCAGUCGUUGUAACAUGUCUUCGGAAAGAAAUCUCUGCUUCUUCCAAUAUUGCAAUUAAAUCCCCACAAGGUUCAACAAGUCCUCCACGACUACGAGCUGAAAUAAAAGUGUCGCCCUCAGUAGUUGACUUUAAGGAACGCAUCAACGCUUGUAAUUUCUCAUUGGAUGUAUCCUUUCUGUUUCUAAACGUUUGAUAAAUCUUCGAAAUUAUAUAUCCUGCGAUAUAUGACAAAGGACCACGUUCGGAUUGAUCAAGCUCUAUAGGGUUGCUUGUUGUAGGGGUCGAUGUUGUCGCUUUGUCUGCUUCUUUCCGAGAUCGAGCUUCCUUGAAAAACACGACUAAGCGGUCUGGUAUUUCGAUCAUAAUCAAAUUAGCUACAUUUUGGUCAGCACAGUUUGUAAACAUGUCACAACUAGUCGGUAACAGCCCAUAAAAUUCUUCCAGCAAUUUGUCUCGAUUUUGUUUGCGGCAAAACAUGUUGUAUAUGGGUGUAACAGCUUGGAAUAAAGCUUUACUCGAAGAAACAUUUUUAAGAGCAUCAUUUAUUUCAUGCCCAAACAGAUCGUCCUUGAUAAGUUUUGUCUUAAUCGCUUCGACAAUGGAAACAAAAUUUUCUUCCGACAGAUGUGUUUCUUGCUCGGAGAUACUUGACGAAGAAUCAUUUUCGCGAUGUUUGGAGUUGGUAUGCCUCGUCAAGCUGCCUUUCGACUUGCAUAUUUUUGUGCAUUUGGGACAAGGAAACGACUUUUUACCUUCGAUUUCUGUCACAGCCUCAACAAAUUCAGCAUCGAUCUCAUCACUUUCAGCUUCAACAACAGCGACAGACAAAUUUAAAUAAAAUGCAUCAUCUGACAAGUCAUCGGCUGGCGUUUCGAACCACGUCUCCGUUUCGUAAUGCUCACUGGGGUCAUCAACAUACUCAUCAGACAAAUUGUAUUCUUCCUCAAUAUCUAUUUCACUCUCCAUAGCGUUUUCUUUCCUUUUAGGCGUGAAACAAGCCCACUAUUGAGAGUUUUAUACAGCCUAAUGUAAUUUGACACUGUAAUUUUAUACAUUGAAAUCAACCGGAAAUCAACAUGAUGCACCUUAUUGUGCACGUGACUAGUUUUUCCUUUGAACCUCAACAUAAUUUGC